AACACCAACACCACCAACAACGAUUCGGCAAUAAUAAUUUCAAUCUAUUUACAUAUUUUGAUACAAAACCAAUUGUACCGAAAUUCAUACACAAACAAUGUAAUGAUGGAUCAUCGAUCAACAUUGUUAACAAUGAAAUCGAAAAUCGAUGGCUUACACCACCAUCAUCAUCAUCAUCAUCAUCAUCAUUACCAUUAUGGUUUGGAACGUCAAAAAUACAAAUCUUAAAUGGAUUGAGUAAAAAUGAUUGUCUCGAUUUAUUGAUCCAGAUCAAUAAUGAUUGUUCACAAAAACAACAACCAUGUCGUAUUGUUUAUUUACAAUCAUCGACAAUAAUGACAUUUUGGAUGGCACUGGCAAUCAAACAAAUGGCUAAUGAUAAAUGGAAUUCAAUUGGUUACCAGAUUAUGUUGGAAAGCAAAACAUCAUUGAACAAUAGUAUCAUUUUUUUCGAAAUCGACACAUUUAUUCGAGCAUUAACAAGAGAUUUAGAUAUGAGUCUAUUGACCCAUUUGAUCAUCGAUGUCAAUGAUCUGACCAGUUUGUUUUUCAAUCUAUUUCUAUUGUAUUUGAAAGAGAAUAUGGAAAAUUUGGAUCAUUUAAAUAUGAUUUUUUUAACACAAGAUUCUAAACGUUCACAAAAAAUGAUUGAUUAUUUUGGUCCAAAUGUAUUCUAUAAUAAUAUGGCUGAUAGAAAUUUAACCAAUUACAAUAUGGCAAAAUUACAAUAUUUUUUUCUGGAUGAUUUACAACCAAUGUCCAUUACGUCUACUUCAUCAUUAGAAAAUCUAAAUCAAAUCCAACAGGUUACAACAACAUCGAUACAUGAAAAUCAUUCGGAAUUAAUCAUUUUUGAAUGUUGGACAGAAAAUGUUGAAAUUAAUAAGAUGAUUGAAUUUUUUCAAAUGUUUCCAUGGCAAAUCAAUUAUCAAUGUAAACGAAUAGAAGGUAUAACACCAUUGAUUACAGCCAUUGUACGAGGAAAUCAUACGAAUGUUUAUCAAUUAUUGAAAAUGGGUGCCAAUCCUUGUCUUGCAUCCAGAAAUGGUUUGGAACCAAUUCAAUGGGCCAUAAAUUUCCGGCAACAACAAACAUUUCAAUUAUUAUUUGUACAUCUUUACACGAUGAAUGUAUCAUUCGAUUUACAUAUUCGACGUUAUUUGAAUUUUCCACAUCGUCCAUUGUCAAUGACCAAUCCGAUCAAUAAUCAGUCAUAUCAUUCGAAAGUGAAUUAUAAUCUAAUUCUACAACUUUUAUACAAUAUGAUCAAACAAUUAUAUCAUAAUCAUUGGACUACAAUGAAUCAACGAUCUUCAAUUGGUUCAAUAUUGAUUAUGUUACCAUCAUAUAAUCAUGUUAGUACAUUACGUAAAUUGAUAAUAUCAUCAAUGAUUGAAAUACAAAUUGAAUUCACCAUAUUCUGUUUAUAUCCAAAUGUACCGAAUAAUGAAUUGGAUGCCGGUAUUGAAAUAUCAUCAUCAUCAUCUAAUCAUAUACGAGUCAUAUUAUCAACAUUCAAUGUUGAUUCAAUUCUAUUCAAAGAUGUUUAUUUUAUUAUCAACACUGGAAAUCGUCUGAUGAAAAUGCCAAAUUCAUUUAGUGAUUCCACUUUAUUUAGAAUGGUACCUAAUCCAACGGAAAAUAUUGAAACAAAAUUCAUUCUGGCUAAUAAUCAAACAUUCCCGGUUAUUAUAUGGAAUCUUUAUCGACGAGAUGAAUUUUUUGAUUAUGAAAUUGAUUCAAUGGAAAAUCCAAUCAGUAUUCAUUCAAAUGAUUCAUUAUAUCAUUGUAUAUUUGCGGCUAAAUUUUUUAAAUUCAAAAACAUUGGCUGUUUAAUGGAUAUUUUUGAUCGAAUGAUAUUACCACCAAACAAAGAAAUCAUUUAUCGUGCAUUGAAUUUUAUGCAAAAUAUUAAUGUAUUGGAUACGAAUGAAAACAUGACAACAUUGGGUCGAAUGUUGAUUGAUAUUUCGAUUGAACCACAUUAUGCAAAAAUGAUUAUUGUUUCAAUAUUGCUCCGAUGUUUAGAUCCAAUAUUGACCAUUGUAUGUGCAUUGUCUUCACCUAAAUCACUCUAUCAACAAUUACAAUUUUUGGAUGAAAAUAAUCAACAACAGGAUGAAUUUCAUUCAAUCCAUCCGGGCACGAACAAUUUACAAACACGAUUAUCGAAAAAUUCUGAUCAUUUAAACCUUGUUUAUGCAUUUCAAAAAUGGCAAGAGAUUUGUCGUUUAAAUGCUAAAUCAUACUGUUCAAUGAAUCAAACAUUCUCCAAAACGGCCAAAAUAAUGAAUCAAAAUGAAUUCAAAGAAAGUUUUGCUACAUUCGAAAUGAUUUAUUCAUUACGAACAAAAAUAUUGGGCCAGCUUCGUGCAAUCGGUCUUGUCAAAGGAAAAGGCUUGAUGAACAUACGUUAUUUGAAUUCAAAUUCAGAAAAUUUUUCAUUGAUACUAGCAGCCGUAACCGGUGGACAAUUAUUUGAUCAUUUUGCCCAAAUUAUUGAUUCAUAUAGCCGCCAAUGUCAUAGUUCAAAUCCAAAUGAAAUACUAUAUAUGGAGCCGAAUUCGAUUCUGAAUUUAUCAUCAUCAAACAACAUUGAAUCCAUGAAUGACGCAUUAAUCCUAUUUGAUCGAAAAAUUCAAUGUGGUCAGAUAUCAUAUAUACAGAAUUGUACAAUAAUCAAUCCACUUACAUUUAUCAUAUUUGUAGAUGAUAAUUCUAUCGAUUAUAAUCGUGAUAGAAAUUGUAUCGAAUUUAUGAAUGGCCAAUUCGAAUUUCAUAAUGAUGAUGAUGAUGAUGGCAGCGGCAAUAAUUUAGAAAAAUUAUUCGUCAUCAGACAACGUUGGCAACAAUUGAUACGAAAACGAUUGGAAAACAUGCAACAAGUGUUCAAUGAAGAUGAUGAAAAUUUCCUUGAAAACAUGAUCAAUUUGAUUACGGUUGCUGAUGAAUCAUAUGGUUUUGGACCACAUCCAAAUAUUGGUCGUGCACCGCAGGUGAUGUCGACAUAUUUUUGUUCAACAAUUCGAAUUAAAAAAUGAAUAGGAAUGAUAUUGUUCAACGAUGACACCUGUUGUGCAUAUUUUAGAAUGUGAUGCUAUAUGUCGCCAUUGACAUCGAUCGAUCAAAUUGUUAUAUUUUGUAAAAUUUUU